UUGACCUCGGCUCCAAUUUUGUAAAAGUAUUGUUUUAUCAGAUAUAACAUUUACGUUAAUAAUCUUGUUGGAAAAACUAUAUGACCAAAUAUACGGUGUAGCGACGUAUUCAGUAUGUCGUCAAAAGAUAUUAAACCUAUGUCAUUAAAAACAUACAACAGUAUUGUGCGAGAUUUUCAUAAAACUACUCUAUUUAGCAGAAAAACAGAAAAUGAACUCAAAAUGAAGUACAAAGAUGUUCCAACAUUUACCAUGGGUAGUAUUAUUUCGUUGUUGGUUCAGAGGUCGAUGAAGCAGAGUUACCGAAAGUCUCCUUCCAUAUCUAGCAAGUAUAUGGACUUGUACAAAGAAUUGAUGAAAGAGAAUAAGAAAGCUGAUGUUAUUUUAAGUUUGGCUGAAAGUCAAGGUAUAAGUCCCGCACUGUUUGUAAGGUCUUUAUUACAAAAUGUGUCAUCUGACUCCCUUGUGGUUAAAAAAUAUGUAAAAGACACAACUUUAAUAGAAAAUAAAGAUUUGGCUUUUCAAGUGUUUGUGGCCAUUGUAAAUGACAAUCAGUAUGGACCCCAUGCUGAUAUAAUAAAACAAUCUAUUGGUUUGGAAUAUGAACUACGCUUGGAGAGAGAAUUGAGGCUUCUCAAUAUAUCUUUCUCUGAUGAGAAGCUUUUGAGGAUGCGUGGAUAUGAUAAAACUCCCGACUUUAAACUUGAUGUUCCCAUAGCUAUUGAUGGGUUUAUAGUAAACUGGAUAGAAAGUAAAGCACUUUUUGGAGAUGAAGAGAACCAUAUGGGCUACUUGAAAGAGCAGCUGAUUUGUUACUGGAACCGAUUUGGGCCAGGGCUUGUUAUAUACUGGUUUGGCUACUUGGAGACCUUGGAAUUGACAUCAGAAGUGAAUAAUAUGUUUAUAUUGCGCACAAGACUUCCAGAUAAGGAGCAUAUAACUCAAUACAAACUUGAUAUGUAACUUUAA